AUGAACAAUGUGACGUUCACUCAGUACUGGGACGAUGGCUCGGGGCCUCGUACCGACAGAACGAUUGGCGAUGAAGUGGGUAUCGCAGUGUGCAACUACGUCGAAGAAGACGAGUUGUAUCCGUAUCACGUUACUGAGCGUGUGCGUCAAGAUAUUACGUUUCACGUCAUGGUUGCUAAAUAUCCGCGGCGUCGGCCAAAUCUGUCUGCAACUGCUGGCUCUCCAAAUAGUGAGUGUGGGUCCUCUGCUAGCUAUGAAACACAAGAGGACGUGGUGGUGGCAACGAGGUGGACAUGUCUGCGCCUUCGGAAGCCUCCGUUCCCGCUGGACGAUGACAUUGCUGCGCAUAUCCGAGACGGAAUGGAGCAAGUGGGUCAGUCGAUGUUCACUGCAAUUCGCCACUCGGUCAGUGGUCGACUAAUGACUAGAAAAGGAAUGUAGCGACUAGCAGCACGUGUAUACAGUAAGAGACCGGAAGAAAGAAAAAAAAGUUAAGACAGCAAGUUUGAG